GAGUUGCGGUCAGACACGCUAAACAGGCGUUGCGUCAAGCCCUUAUCUGCUUUCGGGGUUCUUGUUUGUUAUCGUUUGAUUUUCUGCGGACGUUCCCGGCAUAAACAUCCAAACAUCGGUUGUUGUCUAAACAAUCUUUGUAUUUUACUUGCUAGGCUGGAGGAAAGCCAACAGCCGAAGUUCUUUAGCGUCGCAAAAUCGCGAACUCACUCACGUCCGGCCGUCAGUUUGCCGAGCUAGCGGGUGUCUCCUCACUCACGUGACGUCUGCUGCUGUCGGUGAUCUCCAACACGAAAAAAUGUCUCUCACCACAAAGAUUGGCUCCGUUUUGACCGCUCUGCCCGACGAUAUCGAGAAAGGAGGUGUCUUGGCUGCAACCAGUGUUCUUCACCAGCGAGCCAAUGAAAUACGUCAACAGAGGAUUAACUGGCAGUCGUACGUACAGAGCCACAUGAUGAGCCAGGAGGAGUACACGGUCAUUGUGGCCCUGGACAAGGCUACACCCGAGAGCCGCAGCGCUCUGCUCAAGCAGCAACGUCUCCAAUCGGCCAAGACCCUGCUCAACCUCCUGGUGAACGUGUCCAAAGACCAGACUGUCCAGUACAUCCUAAUCAUGAUCGACGAGAUGCUUCAGGAAGACAAGACUCGUGUGGAGAUUUUCAAGGAGUACUCGCGCAAGAACAAGGACAACGUCUGGACACUCUUCCUCAACUUGCUGAACCGUCAAGACGGUUUCAUCAUGAACAUGACGAGCAGGAUUAUUGCCAAGAUAGCCUGCUGGGGUCGGGAGCCCAUGGAAGGGUCCGACCUGCAGUACUACCUCACCUGGCUCAAGGACCAGCUCAGGAUGCCGAACAACGAGUACAUUCAGUCGGUGGCAAGGUGUCUUCAGAUGAUGCUGCGCAUCGAUGAGUACAGGCUGGUCUUCGUUGCUGUGGACGGCAUCUCAACCCUCGUGACGGUGUUGGCAGGGAGGGUGAACUUCCAGAUUCAGUACCAGCUCACUUUUUGUCUGUGGGUGAUGACCUUCAACGUCAACCUAGCGCAACGGAUGCACAAGUAUAAUGUCAUUCCCAUCUUGGCCGACAUUCUGAGCGAAUCCGGCAAGGAGAAAGUGACGCGUAUCAUCCUGGCGACUUUUAGGAACCUGAUUGAGAAGCCCGAGGAGACUGAGAUCCGACGGGACAAUGCCAUAGCCAUGGUGCAGUGCAAGGUCUCAAAGCAGCUGGAGAUCCUCCAGGGAAAGAAGUUUGAGGACCCCGACAUCGUGGAGGACAUUGAGUUCCUGGAGGAGAGGCUGAACACCAGCGUGCAGGACAUGAGCUCAUUUGAUGAGUACGCCACCGAAAUCAAGUCCGGCCGGCUGGAGUGGGGCCCCGUGCACAGCUCGGAGAAGUUCUGGAGGGAGAACGCAGACAAGCUCAAUGAAAAGAACUACGAGCUCCUCAAGAUCCUGGUUCACCUCCUGGAGUCCAGCAAGGACCCUCUGGUGCUGAGCGUGGCUGCCCACGACGUUGGGGAAUACGUCCGCUACUACCCCCGUGGAAAACAGGUCAUAGAGAAGCUGGGAGGCAAGCAGCUUGUGAUGCAACUCCUUAGCCACGAAGACCCGAAUGUGCGUUACGAAGCCCUGCUCUGUGUCCAGAAGCUGAUGGUGCACAACUGGGAAUACCUGGGCAAGCAGCUGGAAAAGGACACCAGCUCUUCAAGAGCAUCUCAAGGAGCAACCAGGACAUAAGAAAUGCGUUUCGGGCAUCAACCUGUAAAAUAAUUCCUCCAUAUUUAUUGCGCUGUUAAGGAUGUGAAGUAUAACCUAGUUCCACAGCCACGUAUAUUCAUUCUGGUUUUUUGUUAUUUACCAUUCUGAUUUUCGUUGUUAUUUACCGCCUUGUUUUUCUAACUUGUGUGGAACGGGUAAGUGUUUAAAGCGCAAUAGGACUGCGCUACAUUCCAAGCAAGACUGCCAGUAUAAAGGUGUGUAAUGUACGUAGGAAUGCGGAUUUUGUGAUCUAGUCAGUGUCGCCGAACCGUUGUCUGCCUGUGUUACGAGUGCCUUUCUUUCAGCUCGGAUAACCUUUGGUACCAUCGGUUGUAGCUCCCAGUUCGACCCUGACUCUGUUGAAUAAAGUAGAGGCUAUAUGGCAUGUG